AUGAAUGGGGUUGUGUCCCGGAUCUGAUGUCGGGCUGUGAUUGGUGAUCGGGGGUGGAGAUACUGUGACGUCUAGUCGGGCUCCUGUCACCAGGGAGACGGCGGUGGCGGCCGAGAGGCUGAUACAAAGUGGUCUGCAUUAUUACAAUGAUGUAGCAUUAGAUGCCAAGCCGGGAGAUCUAUGAUGGAAUCCCUGUCCAGAUUGAGCUUUGUGGUUGUGGAGCCUGAAGGAAGAGUUGUGUAAUUGGAAUAACCAUGAAAUAACCCCCCUUGGCAAAGAAUUACACUUGGAUGUUUUGCUAAUUGGUUGCAUGCAGGCUGUUUACAAGACUCAUGGGAGGAGACUGGCACGCACCAAACGGGAGAGCACGAUGUGGGGAAUGCACAACAAAGCAGUUUUUCCCCUAUCUAGCAGCUGCAUGUAGACAGAGAUGAGAUGGAGCAGCUGAAAACCAUCUGUGGAGGGCAGGGGUGGAAACACAAAUUUUGACUGUUCUCCCUGAAGAAGUUUCUGAGCACACCAUGAGCUACGUGUUGCAGGUGACCAAUGUGGCCAAAAGGGAUUCUCAAUGUUUUAUCCAGUUUGACUGAUAACCUGAGAUAUCAUGGAUAGCCCACCCAAACUGACAGGGGAAACAUUGAUUGUACAUCACAUUCCCCUUGUUCAUUGCCAGGUCCCAGACAGAAAGAGGUGCAGCAUGGGCAAAAGACCAAACCCAUUUUACCAUACCGAUCUGGGAAUCACAAGAACUACAUCACUGCCAGAAAGGGACCUGCUUCAAAAGGAAACAUUACUAUACAGCAGCUUAAUUCAGGCUUCUUGUUUACCUCCUGGGGUACCACAUGAAACUGAAGGUAGACUACCAGACUCAAAAGAAACCAACACAAGCGAUCAGCACAAUUCAUUAAUUUUCAAUGAGAAUAAUGAUCAGGAAAUCUCCUAUAACAGUUCCUUUCAUCCACAGAAUAGCAACAUUAACAAUUCACCAUUUGUUCUUCAUGAACAGCCAUUUCACCUACAUGGUGCUGAAAAAAGCACAAAACAGUGGAGCUCCAAUAUUAGACAAGGGAUUAUUGAAGGUCAAGAGGAACAAACCCAUAAAUGUGAUUGCAAGAAGUCAAAUCGAAUCAUCACAUCAAAACAAGCAUCAGCUGAUCUAAUAGAACUACCGAUGUGCAACUGUGCUCAUGAUAGCACAUCCACCUUAUUCUUUGAUUGCAACCAAGGGUUGGAAAACACCCAAGAUGGAUUGUUCGGGAAACAAGAUUUACUAGACAGCAGAAAGUGCAGUUGCUCUAGCUCAGAUAUCCAGCAAAGCAGAAGUUGUGUUUUUUCAGAUCAGUCUGAGGUAGAUAAUCAGCAUAUGACUUACAACAGUGACUCCUCAUGUAACAGUUCAGAUGGUGUGCUGGUCAAUUUUACUGCAAUUUACAAUAAAAUGAAAACCCAGUCAAAGUCCAACCUAAGUUCAGGUAACAUGUCGCAUGAUUCUUCAUAUUGCAGUCACUCAGAGAUGGGUGCAUUCUACCUGGACCUACAAUCAUCACCUAGUGAGCCAAAGAAUUCAUGUGAUAUUCACAGUGGUGAUAGUGCCAUGCAAACCUGUCUGUGCCAUCAGCAGUGUUCACCAGCUGUUGAUGACAACUGUAAUUCUUACCACCUACCAUGUGAAAACAUGCCCUGUUCUUCCGAAAAUUCAGAUUAUACUGCAUGUUUUCAAAGUCAAGCAAGAUUAGUUGUUGCCACACAAAAUUAUUACAAAUUAGUAACUUGUGACCUAUCUUCUCAGUCAACACCAAGCCCUGCAGGGUCUUCAAUAACAAGCUGCUCAGAAGAUCACGCAAAGAGUACAAGUCCAAGUCAACCUACAGAGUAUUAUCUCUUCCGGCAACCAGAAGAUAAGAUUGACAUUGAUCAAUGUUUUCAAGAGGAACCAGCACUGGAGGCCACUGAAGAUCUCAUUGAAGGUCAAGUAUAUGUGAAUGUUGCUUCAAAUACUUCUGGCAGGCAAAGAUCAAGGAGCUAUGAUCGUAAUUUAGAUAAGGGCCCAUCCCCUAGGUUGGGCUCAUUGGAACGCAUGUAUAGCUGUCCAGGCAAGCUAAGUGACAGUCAUACAGGAACAUCGCAGAGAUCACCACCACGACGUGUAACCUCAUUUGCUGAAAUUGCUCGAACUAGAAAACGAAGUGGGAAUUCGCCGCCACUCAAAACCAGUGGAGAUUCUUCAAUAGAGUUCUCCCCAAUAUUGGAAAAUCAGAAAGAAAAUAAUGUUUUUGUUUCCUUAGAUGAAGAGUGCUGCCAUAAUCUGCCUGGCGGGUCCUCUCCAAAAAUGGACUUAACAACAUCCUGCGCUGCACCCUUCAUUCAUCGCUUUAGUAACAAAAACAGUAAUGCAAGUCUGCAUGAUAGAGCUCACCUUGAAGGGUAUGGACCUUGUUACAAUGGGGAAGAUGGCAGCAAACUAGAACCAGUUAAUCCACUCCAUCAACAAGUUGAGAAGAAUGCAUCUUUUGACAGCAGUACUAAAAUGGAAGGUGGCGGAUCAGAAGCAAAUGCAGUUAUCCGUUACAGUAAAGAACAGCGCCCAACUACGUUGCCCAUUCAGCCUUUUAUUCUCCACCAUCCAUUGAGCAAACAAAUUCCCAGGGUUCGGCCACUUCAGAACCAUAGUGCAUCUUCUGUUUCAUGUAUGUACAGUAUUCCAAGUAGUCAGCUGACAACAAAUGGACAUUCAAGUGGUACAUCUAGUUCUUCUGGUGGUAUGGUGUCAUUGGAAAAUAUAGCAACAGUAGGCAAGUCACAGAAUGGAUUCAAGGCAGAUGAGAAUGAGAAACAGAGGAACUCUUCUCCCAUAAGUGAGUACUGCUCACGGAGGCCUGUACCAGAUGCAAUUAGGCCAUCACCAUUGGGCAGUUACUCACCAGUGAAAAAUGAUGCAUCUAUCUUGCAGAGUGGAAAGUUAUCAUCAUCUGCUGUCUCACCAGAAAGAAAUUUUGGAAUCAACCCCCCGAGAAGUAGAUCAUGUCCUUUAUCUGCGAAUCUCAUUUCAAUUCGAUCUGCCCCAGUAAAAGGUGUUGUUUCACCCAGCAAAGCUCACCUUCAACAUAUUAGAGAUGAAAGAAAGAGUCCCAAGGAAGCUCAAAAGAAAGAACAAGGGAAUUUUCAAACUGGACAGAGCUCCACCUGUUGUUCCCAUCAAACUGUGUUGCCAACAUCUGCUAAUGUAACAGCAAAUGGUGUCAGCAGUCAUCUGGACCAUCAUAAGGAUAACCAAAGCAGAAGUGGAAAAGCAGCACUGUUUAACCAUGUGGCAUCAGGCUUCACAUCUGCUAAUCACAUUGCACCUCUGACACUCAAAUGGAGAGAAUAUCGCAGAAGAAAUCCCCUUGGUCAUGACCGUAUAAAAGGAUUUGGCUGUAAUUUGGAUCCUAAACAGUCAGGUCCUGGGAUGAUCAAGAAGAAAACCUAUCUGGAAUUUUCUGGCAAAAGUGGUGUUAACCAUAUUCGCUCAAGGCUAUAUGGCCAAUCUGUGAAGCAACUUCAGAGCUAUUACAGUGAUUUCUUUCCGGAUUACUUUUCACUGGCUGAGAAACCUCCUGCUGAAUUCUGUUUAUCACCUGAUGGUACCACAGAAAGUAUCUCCGUAGAUUUGCUUCAGAAAAAAGGUCUUGUUAAGGCUGUGAACACUGCUGUUGAUCUAAUUGUAGCACACUUUGGAACAAGCAGAGAUCCUGGUGUAAAGGCCAAACUUGGGAACAGUACAGUCAGUCCCAAUGUAGGCCAUCUUAUACUCAAGUACUUGUGCCCAGCAAUGAAAAAUGUGCUUCAAGAUGGGUUGAAGGCAUACAUUCCGGAUAUGAUCAUAGGACAAAGGAAAAAUUUGCCAUGGAUUGUUAUCGAGGCUUCUACUCAGCUAGGUCCUUCUACCAAGGCACUUAACAACCUUUUUUGCAAGAUAAGUCAGUGUUCUGAAUUAACGAGCCGCAGCACAAGAUUUAAUGCAUUCAUUUUUGGUCUUCUGAAUAUCAGAUCUUUGGAGUUUUGGUUUAAUCAUUUGUAUAAUCAUGAAGAUAUUAUUGGAGUUCACUAUUUACCGACUGGUUUCCUAGCACUGUCGCACAGUGUUUGUCAAUCAUUGUUUGAGGAACUCCUUCUUUUACUGCAGCCUCUUUCAUUACUGCCAUUCGAUUUAGAUCUGAUGUUUGAAUAUCAUGUUAUCCAAAUGAACAUGGAGCAACAGAAGAAGAAGGAACAACUCAAAGUCAAGCAGGAUCUCUUGCAAUCUGUGCACUCUACCUUUCAGCUCAUGAGGAACAAUGGUAGUAAUGUAAGUUUGGGACCUAUACAGGACAGAGAAGACAAAUCAGAAGGAUUUACACUGAAAGGUGUAAUAGCAAGGGAUGCUGUAAUACUAGAUAAACAUGAAGAUGAUGUACAGAAUGUGGAAAAAAUUAGAAAGGAGAACGUAAGUGAAACUAAAAAGGACAAGCAAGCAGGAUGGUGGUACCAGCUUAUGCAGAGCUCACAGGUGUAUAUUGAAGGUUCUUCAGAACAAUCAAUGUUUGUAAACUGGGAGAAGAGAAAGAAGCAAAGUACAGCUACCGUACUCCCACAGUUAAGCAUCAAUACAGAGAAAAAAUCACUUCGAGAGGGUGUCCCAGAAGGAGCAGAGAGUCAGCCAACAUCUGAAUUACACAAGUUGAACAUUUGUGGUGUGUUGUCCAAUCAAGCUGAGUCCAGUGAAGAGGCAGCAGCCACUAAGGAAUUCUCAAAAACGAUUCAGCCUGAGUAUUCUAAAAAUGAAGCCAAACCUUCUUGGAUGGGGAGUCCUCCAGAAUCCGUGCUACAUGAACUUAAGAAUAGUAAAGUUAAUGAAAGCACUGCUUCAAAUAAUAAUGAUCCACAACCAGGAAAAAUGCCAAACAUGGAUAAUACUGAAAGCAAGCAAGGAAUGUGGCUGGGCCGGUUAUUUGGUGCAAGUGUAAAUCAGGCUAGAAAAGAAGAGACACGACUGGUAAAAUCACAAAAAAACAGAUUACCUUCUGGCUGGUUGGGACUUGAUAGAUCGGUGUAUGAUCUAAUGGUGCAGACCAUGGGAGCUGGAAAAUGGAGAGGUCUCCAGCGCAUAUCAGAACAAUUCAAUCCACAGUCUGGAGGUAGUCAGCCUGAAUCUCAAGAAAGAAAAGCUCAGCAUGAGCGAGAAGUGAAAGCACUUUGUCAUCACAUAGCAACUGAGAAAGGACAACUCAGCUUUAAAAAAGGUGACGUUCUGAGAGUGAUAUCAAAAGUGGAUGCUGACUGGCUGCUGUGUGGCCUUGGUGCUGAACGUGGAUUAGUACCCUUUACAUACGUGACUCAUCCCGAAGAUGAGGAUUAUUAGGCUGAAUGCUCAAUAGACUGUGCGAUUUUAAUUGAAGUCUGAAGGGAUGGAGAGGAACAAAUAAAACAUGUUUACUUCAGCAAGAUUUAUUGAGCAGAAGAAGCACUAAAUUGCCAAUAUUUCUUUGCUUAUUAUUUUUUAUUGAGCGCAUUCAUGUACAAUUAUAGAGCCCCCAACAAAAUAUAAUAUAUUGCUCAUCAACUAAUUUUCAUUUUAGCAUUGGUGAGUAUAAAGCAUGCAUGGCACACAAAUAUUUGUUCAAAUUUUCACAUGCCUUUAGGAAUAAGCAGCGUUAUAUUAACAUACUUCCAAGUGAGUGCUACAGAACUAGGACAUAAAUGUUACAAUUUAUUAUUUAAUGUAUAUCAAAUUUUGACUUAAAAUAGUAUAAAUCGCAUGAAUUUGUGAAGUACAAAUAACAGGCAGUAUUUCUGUUUGUGAAAGACAGUAUUGGUGCCUUGAUUGGAUCCUGUAGGGUGACUUAGCUGCUUACCUUUGCACAGUCAUUCUACAAGAAUGUUUAAUGUUUGGGGUAGUGUAGGAAUCAAUGAAAAUAUAACAAUUUGUAGUAAUAUAUACCUCUGGCUUGUAAAUAUGCAGUCAAAGAAGGUACUCCACAUUUAGUUUUAUUUACGGACAUUCUUUCAAUGUGUAUUGUAUUAUUUAUUUAUUUUGCAUAUUAAUAAAAGUGCUGAAAUGA